AUGAGGCAAGCGUUGCUGCUCGGCCUCAUGGUCGCCUUCUUUGGUGCCGUUCAAGGCUCCUUGUUGGAGUUCGCUGCCAUGCUACCCCAAUGUGGGCUAGAAUGUAUACUCGAACAGAUACCACUAUCGGCUUGUAAGGUUGUGACAAACGACACUUGCAUAUGCAGUGAUGAGGGCCUGAAGGCGAGCGUGCAAACAUGUCUCCUUGAGCGCUGCAACAAAUUAGAAGCCAUAGAAGUCGCAAGGAUAGAGGCUCAAGCAUGCAAACGUCCGGUUCGUGAGCGAAAGGUAGACAUCAUGGUGCCACUCAUCCUCCAAAUUACCGGAAUCCUGGUGGUUCCUUUACGGUUAUAUGCUAGAUGGACGAUGAUGCAUCGAUUUGAAGCCGACGACUGGAUCAUGAUGUUUUGCGGGGUUAUAUUUACCGUCUUUGUCGUUCUUGGACAGUUGGCCGGCGCGGUUGCAUUUGGAGAGGACAUUUGGAUGGUCCAGCCAGACGAACUCACAUUGGGUUUAAAGCUCUUCUUCGUCGACGAAAGUUUUUACCUAGCCUGUCUAGGCCUCACCAAGAUCUCGGUGCUCUUCUUCUACCUCAGAAUAUUCCCAAACAAGUCCUUCCGUUGGGCCACGUACGCGACCAUGGCAUACAUCAUCAUAUCAACCACAGUAGUUCUCUUGAUGCAAAUUUUCCAAUGCAUUCCAUUUGAGUACAACUGGCUCGGCUGGAAAGGAGAUUUUGGUCCGUACCACUGCCUGAACAUCAACACACUAGCUUUUGUGGCCGCCGGGCUGAGCAUCAGCCACGACAUGAUCAUUCUGCUCUUGCCACUUCCGCUGCUGUGGCACCUCAACACUUCCAGGCGAACCAAAAUGGGCAUUUUUUUCAUGUUCAGCCUUGGCGUCUUCAUUCUCAUCACCUCCUGUAUACGACUUCGGUACAUCGUUUCGUUCACGCGGUCACUCAACCCGACUUGGGAUUUUACGGACCCACUGAUCUGGUCCGGCCUCGAGGCAUCCGUAUCAAUGAUUGUCGUGUGCCUCCCUGCGCUCCGGGUUCUCUUGAAGCGCGGCUGGCCCAACAUGUUCAGCACAAUUGGCACCGCGGAGGUGAACUCGGUGCCGAAGAAGGCUUCAAACACAUCGUCCCGUGGGGUAUACGACGUGAAACCGACCGAUUACGACGACAACAUACUGAACGAGAGGCAAGAAGAGAUUGCCGACAGGAAGUUUGCCGCCAGAGAGGCUAGAGCCGCGAAAUUGGCGGAGAAGAGGAGGAAGUUCUUCUCGUUUAGGUCGACGACCGUGGAACCGAACGAGAGCGAGUUGGAGCUGGAGCUGGGCGAUAAGAUCCGGGGCGAAGUCCGGACGCAGAUCCGGUACCAAAACGGCGAGUCGGCGACGAGGAGGAGAUCGAUGGAAUCUGGGAUUCACGUGCGGACGACGACGAUUUUCCACGACGCGAAUAGAAAACCGUUUUGA